UAGCAGUGGGUUCAGCUUCUUGGUGAGACUGAAGCUGCUGUCACUAUGGCGCACUUUGACACGGAGUACCAGCGCCUGGAGGCGUCCUACAGCGACUCCCCCCCUGGAGAGGAGAACCUGCUGAUGCAUGUGCCUGAAGGAGCCAAAUCCCAGUGGCACCACAUAGAAAAUCUGGACCUGUUUUUCCAGCGAGUCUAUAAUCUGCACCAGAAGAAUGGAUUCACCUGUAUGCUGCUGGGAGAGAUCUUUGAGCUGGUUCAGUUGCUGUUUGUGGUUGGCUUCACAGUGUUCCUCGCUAACUGUGUGGACUAUGACAUACUGUUUGCCAACAAGUUUGUAAAUCAUACUGAUUCAUCUAAAGUCACCUUGCCUGAUGCCUUCCUCCCAGUGGAUGUCUGCAGUGCCCG